AUGAAAAAAUAUGAUGCUAUUAUUAUAGGUGGUGGUCACAAUGCACUUGUGGCAGCCUGCUAUUUCAAAUAUAAAAAUAUCUUGCUUCUAGAAAGAAGACAUAUAACUGGUGGAGCAGCUUAAACAGAAGAAAUCUAUCCUGGUUUUAAAUUCAGUCGAUUCUCAUACUUACUCUCAUUGAUGCGUCCAUCAGUAAUCAAUGAAUUGAAUUUAUAUUAACAUGGAUUGAAACUAUUUAGAAGACCUAUCUCUAGUAUUACAGUCACCAAAAACAAAGGAGAAUAUCUGUUAAUGAACUCAGAUUCAACUUUUUGUAAAUAGGAAAUAGCUAAGUUCUCUAAAAGAGAUAGUGAAGUCUAUGAUGAAUACAACUAAUUCUUAUCAGAAAUUAUAGAUUUAUGGAGUUAUUAUUAAGAUAAAUAUCCUUAUGACACAUCUGCUAAAGGUAAUGGAUAUAAUAUAAAGAAAAGUUUUGAUGAUCUUGGAUUAUUAUUGAAAAUUGGAUAAGAUUGA